UCGGCCUCAAGAAUAUUCACUUCAUCUUCGUCUCCUCCUCCACUCCCACUCCACUUUUCCCGGAGAAAAUGAAGCCUCCGCCGAUCAUGGCCUUGUUCCCUCUCCUCUUCCUGUUUCUCCUCCCUUCCGCUUUGUCGUCCGACGACCAGGAGACCUUCAUCAUCCAUGUUUCCAAGUCUCACAAGCCUCUCGCCUUCUCCACCCACCACCACUGGUACUCCAGCAUCAUCCAGUCCCUCCCCCCGCACAACCGCCCCGCCAAGAUUCUGUAUACUUAUGAUCGCGCCGUGCGUGGGUUCUCUGCCCGUCUUUCCGCCGCUCAGGCUGCUGCUCUGAGUCGUGUUCCCGGCGUGAUCUCCGUGAUCCCCGACGCAGUCCGCCACCCCCACACCACACGCACUCCUAAGUUUCUAGGUCUUGCUGAUUCGUUCGGGCUGUGGCCGAACGCUGACUACGCUGAUGACGUCAUCGUCGGAGUUCUUGACACGGGUAUCUGGCCCGAGAGGCCGAGCUUCUCCGAUGAAGGGCUCUCCCCGGUUCCUUCACACUGGAAAGGGAGUUGCGUGGAUGCUCCUGAUUUUCCGGCGACUUUGUGUAACAAGAAAAUUAUCGGCGCUAAAACGUUUUAUUUAGGGUAUGAAGCUUCGCGGGGUAAAACAAUGGAGGAGUCGAAUGAAUCGAAGUCUCCGAGAGAUACGGAAGGUCACGGGACACACACAGCAUCGACGGCUGCCGGAUCCAGAGUUGUAAACGCUAGUUUGUUCGGAUACGCGAAGGGAGAAGCUAGAGGCAUGGCGGUCAAAGCGAGGAUUGCUGUUUAUAAGAUUUGCUGGGCGUUUGGCUGUUACGAUUCGGAUAUAUUGGCAGCCAUGGAGCAUGCUAUUGAAGAUGGUGUGGAUGUAAUUUCGCUUUCCGUUGGUGCUAAUGGUUACGCACCACAGUACGACUUCGAUUCGAUUGCAAUCGGAGCUUUCGGUGCGGCGGAGCAUGGCAUUGUGGUGUCUUGCUCUGCUGGAAAUUCAGGGCCUGAUUCAUACACAGCGGUGAAUAUUGCUCCGUGGAUUUUGACAGUUGGAGCUUCCACUCUCGAUCGUGAGUUUCCAGCAGAUGUCAUCCUCGGUGACGGCAGGACAUUUGGCGGUGUUUCGCUGUACCAUGGCGACUCGCUCGGCGAGAAAUUGCUCCCGUUGGUUUACGGCGCGGAUUGUGGAAGUAGAUACUGCUACACCGGCCAGCUAGAUCCCGCUAAGGUCGCCGGAAAAAUCGUGAUCUGCGAUCGCGGCGGCAAUGCCAGAGUCGAGAAAGGAAACGCCGUUCACGUUGCAGGAGGCGCCGGCCUGAUAAUGGCGAAUUUAGCUGAUUCUGGCGAAGAACUCCUCGCUGAUGCGCACUUCAUUCCCGCUACGAUGGUCGGACAAACGGCCGGCGACAAGAUCCGAGCAUAUGCACGGUCCGAUCCAAAUCCCACCGCCACAAUUGCAUUCAGGGGAACUGUUAUAAGCACAUCUCCACCAGCGCCGCGCGUGGCUUCAUUCUCGAGCCGCGGCCCAAGCUACCGCACCGCAGAAAUUCUCAAACCAGAUGUCAUUGCCCCCGGAGUUAAUAUUCUGGCCGGCUGGACCGGGUACAUUGGUCCGACAGAUUUGGAAUCUGAUACAAGAAAAGUUGAAUUCAACAUCAUUUCUGGUACAUCAAUGUCUUGUCCUCACGUGAGUGGCUUGGCUGCUCUGCUGAGAAAGGCUCAUCCCAAGUGGUCACCUGCAGCCAUCAAGUCUGCGUUGAUGACCACCGCUUACAAUCUGGACAAUUCCGGUGGCAACAUUACGGACCUUGCCACAGGCAGUGAGUCCAACCCAUUCGUUCAUGGGUCGGGCCAUGUGGAUCCAAACCGAGCAGUGGAUCCCGGGUUGGUGUAUGACUUGGAAAUCACUGAUUAUGUGGCAUUCUUGUGCACAAUUGGAUAUGAUUCAAGGAGAAUUUCCGUUUUCACUAAACAGGCUUCUUCGGUUGAUUGUGAUGCACUAGGAUUCAAGACUCCAGGGAAUUUGAAUUACCCUUCAUUUUCUGUUGUUUUCUCCGGUAGUGAAAGCGUGGUGAAGUAUAAGAGGACGGUGAAAAAUGUUGGGAAAGAGGCGAAUGCAGUUUAUGAGGUGAAAGUGAACACUCCACUGGGUGUGGAGGUGAGCGUGUCACCUAGUAAGUUGGUUUUUAGUGAGAAGGAAGACAAGUUGUCAUAUGAAGUUACAUUUAAGAGUAGUGCUAAUGCUGUUGGAUUUGAGAUUACGGGCAGCAAAUCUUCAUUCGGGUCAAUUGAAUGGAGUGAUGGAGGUAGCCACCUUGUGAGGAGCCCGAUUGCUGUGCUGUGGCGCCGCAACUCGGCUGUGGCAAUGUGAAGUUAAUUUCGUUGAUGUCACGGGAGAGACGUGAUCGAGCCUUGUUGAUCAAAGGGAGUUAGUAAAUGAAGGAUUGAGGAUGGUAUAAAGAAAAUGGAUCAGCAAGGCUUGUCAUUGUUCGUCUAUUGUUGUUGAUGUUAGUUGUAAAAUAAGGAUCUGAACAAAUGGAAAGUGAUGUAAAAUCUGUCGUAUGGUGUACAUUUUGAGAUUCUUAGGCGGGAUUUAGAAGUGUUCUUCCACCAAAUUCCUAGUGAUGCCUAAGUUAUUGGAGGGGUAUGAAAGCAUGAAGACAGUGGAAGGAAAUUAUGAAUACAAUGAACUUUGUCUAUUUCAACGCUUUAAAGCUCCGGUUUUCAUUUAAUAGGAUGAUCUUGUGUUGUUCUUGAACUGUCGAUAGUUUAUUUUCAUUACAUGAGAGUGUUCCAAACCGACCCAACUGACCUUUUGCAUGAUGUUACGUGUUGCUUUCUGGGUGGGUCAAGUCCCAUCUUUGGCUAGUGAAGUCUGUUCUUGAUCCGUCAAUAUAUGAAACAGCUUUGAUCAGUGUUCAUUCUGAAGUAA